ACAGACAGGAGAGUCAUUUGGCUUAUAUUUGGACAGCAAUUUUUUGCCAGGAUAAUACAGGAAACUACCUCAGUGCUCCUGAUCUUGUGGGGAUUGAGGGGUCGCUCAUUUUGGUCGCAGGCCACUUCUGCUAAUCUGAGCAGGUUAUAGAUCGUGUCUCCAGUCACCUGCAGUUGCAUUCAUUAAUGGAUGGUGGAAGAUUUUUUUAAAACACGUUAUUACCUUCCCAAAGAUAGUGUGUUUGUUGUUGAGUUCGUCGGCGCGUCCCAAGGUGAAGAAAAACUGGCUGCCGUUGUCAUGAGGACCAGAGUUUGCCAUGGCAACCAAGCCUCUUCUGAUGAAGCGAAGCCUGGAGUGGAACUCGUCCUAAAACGUGACCGGCAACACAGGCUCAAGAGAAGAAUCAUGUUGAUGAAGGAAGAGCGCACAGGUGCCAUGUGUUACCCUUAAACGGGUCGGGAUCGCAUGCAACAAUGGCGGAGUGUGACAACAGUGUGGACCUGAAGAGAAAAGCAGAGGAAGUUCCAGAACAAGAUGAAGAAGAGGAUUGGGUUGGACCGAUGCCGAGUGAGGCGGCUAAGCCCAAAAAGAGGAAGGUCUUGGAGUAUGAACGUGUUUAUCUGGACAACCUCCCGUCCGCCGCCAUGUAUGAGCGGAGUUACAUGCACAGAGACGUCAUCACUCACAUCGUAUGCUCAAAGACUGACUUCGUCCUCACAGCCAGUCAGGAUGGUCACGUGAAGUUCUGGAAGAAGAAAGAAGACGAAGGGAUUGAGUUUGUCAAACACUUCCGCAGUCACCUGGGGGUUAUCGAAAGCAUCGCAGUCAGUGCUGAGGGGGCGCUCUUUUCUUCUGUGGGCGACGAUCAGGCCAUGAAGGUUUUUGAUGUGGUCAACUUUGACAUGAUCAACAUGCUAAAGCUUGGGUACCAUCCUGGUCAGAGCGAGUGGAUCUACAAUCCGGGCGACGCCAUCUGCACCGUUGCCUGUUCUGAAAAGUCCACAGGAAAAAUCUUCGUGUACGAUGGUCGAGGGAGCCACCAGCCACUUCACGUGUUCGAUAAGAUGCAUUCAUCGCCGCUCGCCCAGAUCCGCCUCAACCCGAAAUUCCGAGUCAUCGUGUCAGCCGACAAAGCAGGCAUGAUGGAGUACUGGACCGGACUGCCCACGGAAUUCCGCUUCCCCAAACAUGUGCAGUGGGAGUAUAAAACGGACACAGACUUGUAUGAAUUUGCCAAACACAAAACAUACCCCACCAGUCUGGCGUUUUCCUCGGACGGGAAGAAGAUGGCCACCAUCGCCACGGAUCGCAAAGUCCGAAUCUUUCGCUUUUUGACCGGGAAGCUGAUGAGAGUGUUUGACGAGUCCCUAACGAUGUUCACGGAGCUGCAGCAGAUGCGACAGCAGCUGCCUGACAUGGAGUUCGGACGCAGGAUGGCGGUGGAGAGAGAGCUGGAGAAAGUGGACGGCGUCCGACUCACCAACAUCAUCUUCGAUGAGACUGGACACUUUGUCCUCUAUGGCACCAUGCUGGGCAUCAAGGUCAUCAACGUGGAGACCAACAGGUGUGUGCGGAUCCUCGGGAAGCUGGAAAACAUCCGCGUGCUCCACCUGAGUCUGUUCCAGGGCGUCGCCAAGACCAACCAGGUGGCCCCCACCGUGGAGAUGAAGGCGUCGGACAACCCGGCGCUGCAGACCCGCGAACCCGACCCCACCAUCUUCUGCACAGCGUUUAAGAAGAACCGCUUCUACAUGUUCACCAAGAGAGAACCCGAGGACACAAAGAGCGCCGAAUCGGACCGAGACGUCUUCAAUGAGAAACCUUCAAAAGAGGAAGUGAUGGCCGCCACUCAAGCCGACGGCCCCAAGAGGGUUUCCGACAGCGCCAUCAUCCACACCACCAUGGGAGACAUCCACAUCAAGCUCUUCCCGGUCGAAUGUCCUAAAACAGUGGAGAACUUCUGCGUCCACAGCAGGAACGGCUACUACAACGGUCACAUCUUCCACAGAGUUAUCAAGGGUUUCAUGAUCCAGACCGGAGACCCCACAGGAACCGGGAUGGGUGGUGAGAGCAUCUGGGGUGCAGAGUUUGAGGACGAGUUCCACGCCACGCUGCGACACGACCGGCCGUACACGCUCAGCAUGGCCAACGCCGGAGCUGGAACCAAUGGAUCACAGUUCUUCAUCACAGUUGUUCCGACGCCCUGGCUCGACAACAAACACACCGUAUUUGGGCGAUGUAUGAAGGGGAUGGAGGCGGUCCAGAGGAUCUCCAACGCCAAGGUCCACCCCAAAACGGACAAGCCAUACGAGGACAUUAGCAUCAUCAACAUCACCGUCAAGUAAUCGCGUCUAUCCGCGCUCUGAAUCAUGUUUUAUAUUAAAGCUCUCUCCACCUCAUGUCUCCAUCUCUUGCCAAUGACAGAGUCGUGAUAGACAAACAACGGUUUAUUGUACAGCAUCACAUCAGGAAAUGUUGACAAAGGCGACUGUCACAGGCGCGUUGUG